CGCGCGCGUAUAGAAAGAAAAAAUUCCCCGGGAGAUUCGCUCGACAGGGAAGAGCGCGAGCGAGCGUCGCCAUAUUGUUCGUGAGCGUAGUGCGAGCAGGUCGAUUUUCCGGAGCUACAACAACACACUGCGGGCGCGCGAUUGUGUUCCGUGAGCUAGGGGUGUUUUUUUUCUAUUGCUAGCGGGCCUAUUGUGAGCCUUACUGUGUGUGUGUGGGUAGGUAGGUGCGUGCGUGCGGUGUGCAGGAGCGGUGGUGGUCGAGAACACGCCGUGAGUCCUCUUCAGUUUUUCGCUGUGGAAUGAGCAAAAGAAGCGCACCGUUGGCGUAGUGCGUUGUGUGAGAGUGAGCAGGUGAGAACGAGUGAGAAAGCGAAGGCAAGAUCUGAGAAGCAGUGUGUACACGGGUGUGUGUUUGUGUGUGCGUGUAUACGCGCGCGUUCUUGGAAGUUUUUUCUUCCCUCUUGCUGACUGCCACAGUGCUGGCCCCCUCCUUACCGGGUCGCCCAGAAGUCAGGCCAAGUCCCCAAGCAAGGUGGAAGAAGAAAGGAGGACAACGACUCCCUCCGUGUAGGGCACACACGCGUCUAAAGCGAGCAACCGAGUGUGUGCGUGAACGACCGUGCGUGUGUGUGCGUGGUUGGUGUGUGUGCAGUUUUCUUUCGCUGCCUGCUUUGGUUUGCUCUGCUGCGCUCUGUUGUUGGUGAAAGGAAAAAUCGAGAAAAUCCGUGCUUUGGUACCCACAGAAAUCGUGAAUCCGUGGGUGGUGUAGGUAGAAUUGCUCCGUUUGUCUGCCAAGCCAGAAUGGCAAUAUCGUGAAAAGCAUCCUGUGCUUUUUCGGGCCUUCGAAAUAUAAUAUCCGAGCUGUGUGUGUUUAUAACUGUGUGUGUUUAUAUUAUAAUAUCCGAGAAGCAAGUGUGUUUGUUGGUGACGACGACGGUGUUGAGAAGCUGUCGUUUGUGGUGUGUUGGUGGUGGACGAAUAUUUAGGCGUGAGUGAGCAAACGAAGGCGAAAAUUAAAACGCGAAAACGUGUUCUUUUCUACGUCCUAGGUGCGCGUCUGACGUGGGAAAACAGUGAUUACAGAUUGAAGUGAAGUGAAAAAGCGACACACGGGAAGGCGAGUCUGGGCCAAAGAAAGAGUGUGAAUUCUGUGCGUGUGUGUGUUGAGAUUAGCGUGUAGUGCGUGAGAGUGAGUGAGAGUGAGGAGCACUCCGGAGUGAACGUCAUGUCGCUCCCUAUCAACUCACUGUACAGCCUGACCUGGGGUGAUUACGGGACCUCGCUGGUGUCCGCGGUCCAGCUGCUCCGGUGCCAUGGCGAUCUGGUGGACGUCACACUGGCCGCCGGUGGCCGCAGCUUUCCGGCCCACAAAAUAGUGCUGUGUGCUGCCAGUCCCUUUUUGCUGGAUCUGCUGAAGAACACACCAUGCAAGCAUCCCGUCGUUAUGCUGGCCGGCGUCAAUGCGAACGAUCUGGAGGCGCUGCUCGAGUUCGUGUACCGGGGCGAAGUGAGCGUGGACCAUUCGCAGCUUCCCUCGCUGCUGCAGGCGGCCCACUGCCUCAACAUCCAGGGCCUAGCGCCGCAGACCGUCUCGCACAAGGAUGACAACACGACGUACACCACCUCGAUCCAGCUGCACCCGACACUGGUGCCCCAGAAUCACGUCAAGGCGGUGAUCGAUGUGGCUAACAAUGUUUGCACAACGGAAGAACUGAUCACAACACUCGGACCCACACAAACGGUACAGGCACAGGUUAUUGAAACGAUCACCCCGGAUCAGAUGUCGGAUGAGGUUACAAAGGAUGUCAUCAGCCAGUUUCUGCCAACACGCAAGCGCAAGCAGCGUACAAAGAAGACCGGUAACCAAGGACAAACUGGAGCGGCAACCAACAGUGCCGGUGGUACUCAGGCGGCUAAGGUUAUGAAGACGGACGACGAUGGUACAACGAUUCAGGUUAUUGUGAACAAUCCGGAUGAAGCUGCGCCCGUUCCAAAGGACAUCAAGAAGGAAGCGAACGCUGACGGUACCACGGUAGACACCAAGGAAGGCAUCAUCAAGAUCAAGAGCAAAUCUCAAUCGGAGCAACCGGCAACCUGCCCGAUCUGUCAGGCCGUGAUUAGACAGUCUAGGAAUCUGCGUCGGCAUCUGGAACUGAGACAUUUCAAGAAACCCGGCGUUAAGAAGGAACGCGUUCGAAAGAGCAAGAAAGGACAAGCAAAUGCAAAUCAGGCAAACGGAAGCAACGGCACAAACGCAGGCACCAUAACGGUAACCGGUGAUCAGGUCGCACAACAGGCUCAGCAGCAAGUCGUACAGCAGCAGCAGCAGGCCCAACAGCAACAGGUACAGCAGGCACAGCAGCAGCAGCAGAACACGAUCGAUACGACCGGCACGAUAUCCGUCACCGUUUCACAGGCCCAGGCACAGCAGAUCGAGCAGGCAGCCGCCAACGGACAGCAGCACGUUGUGACGCAGCACGAAAAUGCGGACGGCACCACAUCGCUCUCGAUUGCACAGGUUCAAACGCUCGAUGGCCACCAGCUCGCAAUUGGAAAUCUCAAUCAGGCUACACUGAUCCGAACUGGCGAACCGAUCGAAACCGGUAUCAUUGCAACGCACGAGCCGACGCUACGUCCCCACACGGAGCUGUUCCGCGUCGGCAACACCGUCUACACGAUAGAGGAACGUCGGACGGACACCACCAAUCGCCUAACUUAGAACGAUGCGGACGUCGACAACGGAGAGGGCGACGUUUAUGAGAUAGUGGAGGGUGUCGAUUACGAUUGCAUCAUCGACAGCGGUGUCGACGUCGAAAUAGAGGAGGAAACGGGCGAGGUGGUGGAACAGCAACAGCAGCAGCACCAGCACCAACAACAGCACGGUGUUGGAGCGAUCGUGUUGCAGGAAGAUGAUGACGGUGUUGGUGGUGGUGUUGGUGGUGUUGGAGGUGCGAUGGUAAACCAUGUGGAGGAGGUCGAGGAGGACGAUGACGACGACGUGCAGGAGAUCGUCAUGGAUGCGGCCUCGGUAGUACGGCAAGCGGACGAGAUGAUGGUGGGCGGCGAUGUGAGUGGCGAUACGACGGACGGUGUCAUCAUCGAUGCCACCACGGACGAUGAGGAGGAACUGCUUCUUCACCAUCAUCACUCGCACCAUCAUCACCAUCAUCAGUUGCAGCAUUCGUUGGAGGUGGACGAAGACGAUCACCACCAUCAGCAGCAGCAACACCAGCAGCCGAAUAUGUCGGACGACCAUCACCAUCAUCAUCAUCAGCAGCAGCAGCAGCAUCACGUACAUCACGUGGUGGAGGAGGACGAUGUGGAGGAGUUGAGCGGAGUGGUGGAGGAGCUGGAGGAGGAAGAAAUUGUGCAGCAGUUCGAUGGUUCAACGGUCGUCACCGUUACGACGGCACGGGGGAAUAGCUCGCGCAAUGCAGCGCAUCACACCGGGGGCAUUAGCUUCGUAACGGCCGAUUUGCCACUGUCCGGCCGGCGCCGAAUUGUGCGACGGACGCUCGGUAGCGUUUUGCAGGACGAUGUGGUAAUUAGUGGAGCUGCUGGUGGUGAUAGUACGAUCGUUGAGGUGCCUGGUAGUAGUAGUAGUAGUAGCAACAAACCACGGCAUGAUGGAGGGACAGCUGGCGCAGAUCGAGCCGAGGAAGCAAAUGCUGCCGGCGGCGGUGUAGAAGUGACGCUUGAAGGUGGUGAAGCUGGAGGAGGAGGAGGAGGUGGUGGUGGCGGUGAUCAUGCCGGGUUGCCAUCAUCUUACAAACACUUUUUUAUCCUCUAAACGUACCAGAAGGCUACUACCCACUCACGGUGUACGAGACCCGAAUCGGCCGAAGGAAAUGAGAAAAGCUGAUUUUUUUUUUGCGGAUUUCUGGCAAACCGAAGAAGCGCACACACGCGUGAAACCUAGGUACAUUUCAUUCAUUGUCAUUUGGGUGGACGUUGACCCGGUUUUUGUAUUAAUUACCUCCCCCCCCCUCAGCAUCCGUAAGUUUGUUUUCGACCACGUCGCCCUUUUUUCAUUUAUUUUAGUAGUUACUUGUUAGACUUUUGCCCUAGUGUUGUAGACUUUUAUUUGUAUUUAGUAGCUCGACUCACACACACACACACGCAGAAAGAAUGGACAGACGAAGGACGGGAGAAAGAGGAGUUUGGGGUCCCGGUACACAAACACCGUACCCUUCCACCGAGUGGGUAUGCUUAUGUUUUAUGUGUUCUUUAAGUUACAAAGUGCGCAUUUUGGAAGAAAAUGCAUCUUUUUAACGGUGCCGUGCAAUUGGAGGAGGAGGAGGAGGAGGAGGAGGAGGGUGUGUUUGAAUUCGAAAUUCAACUGUCAAAUUUUUCUGUUACUUUUUCCCUUCAUUGUAUCCUUAAGACUUCCACUCACUCCAUCCGUAUGGCACGCGUAACACUAGAGAGAGAGAGAGAGAGAGAGAGGGAGAGGGAUACACACAUAUACAUAUAUACACAUGUAAUGUUGUUGACGAUCGAUUUACAAUGUUUCCUUUUUUUGCCUAUAGUUUAAGAGCUAUGUUUUAUUUUAAGCAUUUUUUUUUGUUCCCCCCGUUUGCCAAUAUAAAAAUUCUGUACAUAUAGUUAAUAUGUAUGCACACAUACAGAAGAGAAAAACCCAUCGCGCACCCCCCCCCCCCCCCCAGACGUUUUUAAUGGCAAUUAGCGUUAGCGUAGUAAAUUCGGCAGUUAUCGAUUGUAUAUUGGUGGAGCAACAAUGAAUGUUAGUGGGAAGCGAAUGAAGGCAUUUUGGUGUUGGCGAAUCAAAAGCGACCACAGCAAGAGAAAGAGAGAGAGAGAGAGAGAGGUUCGGAAAGAUGUGUUUCCGUUUUGUGCAAGAGUAAUGAACGAUGGUACAUCAUAGUAAGGCAUCCUUUUUUUAUGCAUUAUAGUCGUACCUUGCCUGUACGAUAUUCUCAUCCUGCGAAUGAAUGGGCUAAGAUGAAUGCCCCAAAUAGUCAGAUGUGUGUGUGUGCGUGUGGGUAUGGUAUUCAGCCAUGAGCAGUACAGAUUGGGAUGUUAAAGAAGGGAUUCAAGAUUGACCUUAACAAACAUUUACCCUUUUUUUACGCACAUGAUAGUCGUGACACACCAUACUCUCAGCUUUGUUUCCUUGCAUGUUGAACAUUGCAGGUUGAUUUCAAUUAACAGAUUAUGCCAUUAAUGGAAGGCUUUUCCCUUUUUGUUACCCGCAACUGGUUAGUUAGUCCCUGCUCUACGUAGUCUCCCUUUUCCUUAAUCUCUUAAUAUGUUUAAUAUUGAAGCUUUUUUCACGUGAAGCAUUUGUGGGGUUUUUUUCGAGCGAGACAUUAUGCGGUCAGAGGACUCUAGAAACGAAACACGCAAGAAGGCGUGAGAAAUGGCUUAAUUUAUUAUUAUUUCCCUAGGUUUUGUUCGUUACUCCUCCAUUGCACAAGCGCGAGUAAGCGUGUACCGCGGAAGCAAAAGGAAAUCAUGGAUCGUUGUUGUGCACACAGUUUAACCACAAACCAAGUGGUAAACGGGGAAAAAAUGGUAGACGGAAGAAAAUCAUUUUAAAAAUGGAUAAAAGAAGAAUUAAAUAUCUACCCAUGGGAAAAAGGGUAGAUGAUUUCGCAGCAGCUAUACUAAUAAUGUGGUUCAUUGAAGAAACUGUCUUUGACGCUCGAACACUCGACGCAGCAGUAGCAGGGAGGUGAGUUAGAUGAAUAGUAGCUAUUAUUACACACACAUAUAUGUUUGGUGUCAUUUUAUCGCGUUUAAUGCAAAACAUACAAUAUUAAUAAUAGUGAUGAACACCCGUCGUUCUCCCGAGCACCCUUUCCUUCCCGAGCAAAUAUCUCUCCUCUAACCACACAAACGAGAAAGAAGAAGGUGCACAAGUGUGCAAGUGUAAGCCGAUAUGAUUGUGAGCGUAUAAAGUGAAGAAAUGUGUGAGUGAAAACGAGUGUGCGUGUGCGUGUGUUUUGUCCAAAAUUUUACAAUUAGAAGCAAAUGGCAACAACAACAGCAACAAAAACAAAAGAGUACAACAUUAGCGAAUAGUAUGUAGCGUUAUGUGGUGGUUAUGAUGGGGGUGCAGAGCAAGAAGCAAGCAAGCAAGCAAGUAGCGGCGAAACCCGGAACCACAUACAUGGCCACCAAAAAGCCACGAAGAAGAAAAAGAAAAUCUCCCUCAUCCUUGUUUUGCGGGUAGACAACCUCCCACCAACGUACGAUGACUGUAUCACGUUUCGGAUUAGUUUGCUGUGCAAAAGGACUUAAAAUGAGGCUUGCAAAAAAAACCUUCUCCACUGCCUCGAUUCAUCGAUGGAGUGAUCUCGCAGGCCUUCGCCAAUGUGUCCCCCCUCCACCCCUCUGUGGUGGUGGGUGAUGUAGGAAAUCCCCGCAGAUUUUACACGACAAACAAAUGAAACACUCCCAAUACCCCUCAAUGAGCGCCAAAUGAAGGAAACGUGACACAGGAAUACUGAAAUCACGCAUCAUUGCUGUAUAAUAACGGCACACAUCUCCUAAAGUAAAUUUAUAAAGUUUAAUAAUUCUAUAAAAAGUGGAACAAAAACCUGCACACACACAUAAAGAGAAGCAUAAGUAAGUGUCCAGCAAACAAAAACGGAUUGCGAAGAAAAAAGGAAUUUUGAUCUGCAAAAGAAAAACCGAAGAAGAAGAUAACAAACACUCUUCACAAGCACACUCCUGUACUCAUCACCACUCGUAAUGCAUCGUUGUUGUAAGUCAUAGCUGUAUAAACAAAGAAACAAAAGUAAAACCAUAACACACACACACACGCACGAUACAAGGAUGUGUUUUUUUUCCUAAAAAAAUUAAAAGAAGAACAGAUAAAUCACUCAAAGGUUUUAAAACAAGAACAAUGAAAAUAAUAUAAAUAUACAUUCGCCAAGUGCGUUGGGGUGUUGGUGUCGCAAAACACAUUUUUAUCACAAAAAAUUAAUAAUUAAUAGGAUCGAUUACACACACACUCAUACACACACUUACUUUCUUUCGUUGUCGCACGCGGAAAAAGGAAAAUUCAUCUCCAAAAUCAACUCUAUGCUGUAAAAUAAGACAAAACUUUAGACAAAUGGACAGUCUGCUUGCUCUCAAACUUAUUCGACUUUGACGGAAAGUUUCCCCCCGUUUUCUUUUUAUAUAAAUAUAUAUAUAGAUAUAUAAACGAAAAACAAAAAUUUGAUUGUAAAGAAUAGAAAAGCGAACAAUUCCUAGUGAAAAUUUCAACCAAAAUUAAACUACUAACUCGUGGGGGGGGUAAAUUGUGAGACAAAAAACGGGGUAAGAGGAAGGAGGUGUACGAACCACCACAACAGACACACAACAGAGAGGAAGGGUAGAUCAAUUUCACAAAGGUUCACACUCCUCUCUAAAUAGUAAAAGCUAAAUGGGAGGAGGGCGCAGGAGAAAAAACGACAACCACUAAAUGAAUGAUGAAAGGAGAAAGAUGAGAAGAAAAAAAAAAUCGCUACCGAAUCAUACUAACACGAAUCAGAAAACAAAAAACCCUAAAUUAUGAACAAUUUAUGAAGUAAGCUAUAAAUUGAAAUAUCGUUAGAAGGAGGAGGAGACGUGACGGAAGCAGAAGAAUAAAAAAACCACCAAAAUGGUGGAGCGAAAGGUAUAUUAAAAAAAAGGCCUGUGGUGGGUUUGUGGCUGCGCAAACAACGACGAUGAGCAACAUGUGGUGGUAAACCAAUAUAGAUGUGUGUGUGUGUGUAAAUAAA